GCAGAGGGGCGGCCCCGCCGCGGGAGGCACAGCCGCUGGCGCUGGGACCCGAGCGCGGCCGAGCCAUGGCAGCGCGGGGGCAGAAUCUGGCCGUGGUGGUGCACCGAGCCGGGGACCUGCGCCUGGAAAACCGUCCAGUCCCGGAACCAGGUCCCAAUGAGGUCCUCCUGCAGAUGCAUUCUGUUGGGAUCUGUGGGUCUGAUGUUCACUACUGGCAGCACGGUCGGAUUGGGAAUUUUGUUGUGAAGAGCCCCAUGGUGCUGGGGCAUGAAGCUUCUGGGACUGUGGUCAAAGUGGGACCAGGAGUGACUCAUCUGAAACCAGGUGACCGAGUGGCCAUCGAACCUGGAGUACCCAGAGAAGUGGAUGAGUUCUGCAGAAGUGGCCGCUACAACUUGUCUCCAACCCUCUUCUUCUGUGCCACUCCUCCUGAUGAUGGCAACUUGUGUCACUACUACAAGCACAAUGCCAACUACUGCUACAAGCUUCCAGAUAAUGUCACCUUUGAAGAAGGAGCCCUUAUCGAGCCCCUUUCUGUGGGAAUCCACGCCUGCAAAAGAGCAGGAGUCACUCUGGGAAGCAAAGUCUUUGUGUCUGGCUCUGGACCAAUUGGCCUCGUUAAUGUGAUCAUUGCCAAAAUGAUGGGUGCAGCAGCUGUGGUAGUUACUGAUAUAUCUGCCCCUCGCCUGCAAAAAGCCAAGGAGGUGGGGGCAGAUUUCAUCGUUCAGGUGAAGAACGAGACCCCGCAGGAGGUGGCCUCCAAAGUGGAAAGUGUGCUUGGCUGCAUGCCCGAGAUAACUGUGGAGUGUACAGGAGUGCAAGCCUGCAUCCAGACUGGCAUUUAUGCCACUCGUUCUGGUGGGACCUUGGUGCUGGUGGGCCUGGGGCCUGAGAUGGUGACAGUGCCCAUUGUGAACGCCGCAGUGCGGGAGGUGGAUAUCCGGGGCAUAUUCCGCUACUGCAACACGUGGCCUGUGGCAAUCUCUCUGCUGGCAUCCAAGCGGAUCAACGUCAAGCCCUUGGUUACACACCGCUUCCCCCUGGAAAAGGCUCUGGAGGCCUUCGAGACCACCAAGAGAGGCGAGGGGGUAAAAGUCAUGCUGAAGUGUGACCCCAACGACCAGAACCCCUGAGAUGCUGCCGUGCCCGGCCCUCUCCCCUGCCUUAAAUGGGAAGCAUGAGGCCACAGUCACCUUACGCAGGCGCUGCUUUGUCAUAGAGCUAGAAAAUCAAACGCUAAUUGAGGGUUAGUGACACUGAGGGACACACCAUUAGAGCAUUAACUGGUAACUGCCAAUGGAGAACCAAUAGUUUGAAUCAAAAAUGCUGCCGUUUGGUCAGAGACAGUGCUUGGCAUGGUUGGCUCUUCUCUGGCAGACCCCAUGCACAGAAGAGCCUGUGUCAGGCAGAGCUGGUUUUGUCCAUGUGGGUGAAGUGAGGAUGGAGAUGCUGGUGCUCCACUUUCCUACCCCAGCACUGUCCAGGGGCUGUGCUUGUCACAGCUCUUCCCACAUGGCAUGGGAUAGUCUUAUGUGAGUGCCUUUCCGGUCACACCGUCCCGUGAGGAUGCUCAGGGAGUGUUAGAGCCUGUGGAACAAAGCAUCUGCACGUGUAGGUAAUUCUCUCCAUGCUCUUUGCAAAUAA